AUGCGGUCCGACAUUGUCCUGCUCCUAUCUUAUUAUUUAUUAGUGAGCCAGUCCGGAGCUCUACCACCGAUUUGCACUCAAGCGCCGUCGAUCACUUUUCGUCGAUCAAAUGAUGUUGUUCGUGCGGAAUACGGAAAACUCAUUGUUGCCGUUUUCACACCGUUGCAAUGCGCAAAUUGUUAUAAUUUCUUGAGAAGAUUGGAUGAAAUCGGAAGAAUGAAUCGACAGGCAAAAAUAUUGAUAAUUGCACCGGAUUUCGAAUCGAAUCAUAUUAUUUCGCGCACACAGUCAGCGUUCACCUCUGUCCAAAUCGAUCGAGCUGCUGAAGGAUGGCCUCAUUACAAUGCGAAAAAUUUCGAUAUUUUGAUUAUUGAUCAGUGCGGGAAAAUCGCGAACACAAUCGAAUGGCCAUCCAGUGAUGUAACAAUGUCUCAAAAAGUUAGCGAUGUUGUGCGAGAAGCUUCCAAUGGUCCGAUUUGUGGAAGAUGCCAGUCCGACAAUUAUUAUUCGACGAAAAAAAUAAAUGCAUAUAUCAAAGAAAGAGAUAUGAGGAAUAAUUACAAUUAUAACCGGCAGCUUCAGCCGCCAGCACAGUCCGCGCUUCGAAAUUAUGAUCCGAAUCGCAACAAUCAAAGGACGUCGCCAUCCAGGACAGCGAACAAAGCGCAAGUACAACCAAACACUAAAACGACGACCACAACCACACCACAGACUCCAAUUGAUUAUUCGGAUUAUUAUGAGGCUGAUGAGAAUACUGUAACGACGGUUUCACCUCAGACCCAAAUUCCAAAACCUCCUGCGUUGAUUCCAAACUGGCCAACGCAUUCUCCUUUGAAUUUGAACGGAUAUCCACAACAAUACCAACCACGGCAUCCCGAAGUUUUGGCUGAUGCCAACUUGCCGUGUUCUGCUUAUACUGAUGAUAUAUGCUUCCAUCAGCAUGAACGAUUAGGAUUGCCAUUGUCGAAAUGCUGUACGAAAGGGAUAUACUUGACUGAUGUGUGUGUGCCCGGAAAGUGCUCGAAUAGUACUCAAAGAAUGUGCUGUUUCCAGAAAUUUUUGCAGGCCAAAUAUGCUUGCUGCAAUGAUCCAAACCAAGACGACGCCGAAAAUCCGACCAACAAAUUCAAUAAAUGCUGUUACGAUCUUUUUGUCAACGAGGAUGAUUGCUGUCCAAUGCGUUCCUCGAAUAAUUAUUGGAAGACUGUCUAUGAUGUGUGCUUCCCGAAAACAUACGUGAAUUUUAGUAGCGUCAAAUUCGAAGUGCACUUCAACGAAGGAGUCCGAGUUUUAGACCUGAGUUUGAACCGUCAAUGGGAUUUUAAUUGUACCUAUGGCAAAAAUGUAUCACAAUAUGCUUAUCUUCCCAAGAAAAAGCCAACGUGA